UAUUAAAAAACAACUCGUUUAAUACUUUAAUAUUAUUAAACAAGUUGAAUCGAACUUUCACGAGUUCAAAUGAGAUGAGCCUAUGACACAUUUGUUAAAUAAGUCAAGCAGAGUCAAAUCGAGUCGUUUACUAAACAAGCAUAAGCGCAAUUACCCAACUCGGCUCGAUUCGGACAACCUUAAUUUCGUGCAUAUUACAAACAAUGCCACUUCAUUAUUUUAAAAAAUUCAUUAAAAAGUCACGUGUGAUUCGACUCGACUUGACUUGUUUACUGCUCAACCGCAACCUCAACUACUCAACUCGGCUCGGUUCGAAAAUAUUAGUAAUAAUGCCAGCCCAUUUUAAGGAAAAAAGAAGAAAAAUUACAGGUCAGCACGUAGCCCCCACAGGUACGGACAUUUGCUCCGCUCGCCACCAUAUAAGAUCCGCCUAAAACCCCAAACCCUUCGCUUUCACCAUUGCCUAUUUUCUUUCCUUCGAUCUGCAAAACCUCACCAGAAAUCAUUUUCCAGUGAAAAAAAUUCAAAAUUCAACAAAAAAAAAUCCAAUCCCCACAGGCGGCCGGACAAGCAUGCGUCAUACCUGAUACUGAGGAAGAAAAAAGAUUGGAUUUUUCUGUGUUUUCACCUGAAAUUUUGUACGGGAUGCCGCCGGCGGCGGGUGUGGUGGCGCAGGGAGAUCGGGUUCCCAUGAACCCGGUGGUGUUUCCGGCGGCGUCGGCGGUGGCGGUGGUGCCGCAGCCGCAGCAGGCCCAUCCCGGGAUGGUCGCGGCGGCGCCGGAGGCGUACGCGAAGGACGCGAUCAUCGCGUGGUUCCGAGGCGAGUUCGCGGCGGCGAACGCCAUCAUCGACGCGCUCUGCGGCCACCUGAAGCGGCUGGAGGGCGGGGAGGCGGCGGCGUACGGGCCGGCGUUCGCGGCCAUCCACAGGCGGCGGAUGAACUGGAUCCCGAUCCUCCAGAUGCAGAAGUACUACUCGAUAGCCGACGUGGCGCAGGAGCUGACGAAGGUCGCCGAGGGGAAGGAAAUUGAGGCGGCGGAGGUGAAGGAGAACGAGGCGGCGGCGGUGGCGUUUGGCGACAAGGAGAAGCUCAAGGAGGCGAAUCUGGAGAGCCACGAGGAGAGCAAUGAAAGCGGAGGUGGCGAGGCGGCUGAUGAGGAUUUCACGUCAGAUAUUACGGACACAGGGUCCCAAGAAGUGCAGCAUUUACCCGAAAACAUUGAUAUAUGCUCCAAUCAUGAUUUCUGUGAGGCUCGUCGUGCCCAAAUCAAGAUGAUAAAAGGUUUCGUGGCAAAGGAGCCAGUGAAUGUCGUUAGAGGUCUUAAGUUAUAUGAGGACAUGUUCACUGAUGUCGAGCUGUCGAAACUGAACGACUUUGUGAAUGAACUCCGAGCGGCUGGUCAGAAUGGUGAACUCUCAGGGGAGACUUUCAUUUUGUACAAUCAGCAGACAAAAGGGAACAAGAGAGAGUUGAUUCAGCUCGGGGUACCAAUUUUCGGAAAGAUUAAAGAAGAUGAAUCAAACACAGCCCAGAAAAGCUAUAUAGAGCCGAUCCCAGCUCUUCUCCAAAGUGUAAUGGAACACUUGAUCCAGUGGCGUUUAAUACCUGAAAAUACGAGACCAAACAGCUGCAUCAUUAGCUUUUUCGACGAGGGAGAAUAUUCUCAGCCCUUCCUAAAACCACCUCACCUGGAGAAUCCUCUCUCCACUCUCCUCCUCCACGAAUCAACCAUGGCUUUCGGCCGAACGCUCGUGAGCCAUGGUGAAGGCAACUACAGAGGAUCUCUCAAUCUUUCCCUGGACAAAGGGUCCCUUCUUGUCAUGAGGGGCAACAGUUCAGACAUUGCAAGGCACGUCAUGUGCUCGUCGCUAAACAAGAGAACGAGCAUCACCUUCUUUCGGGUCCGAACCGAGUCGUCUGGAAAAAACCACUCGCCUCUUUCCAAAGCAAUGACCUUAUGGCAACCGGGUGUACCCGCACCAUACACGGGCCCAAAUAACUACGAGCCCAUGAGUAUGGUGCCCAAGUGGAGUCUCCUGAGGUCUCCGGUUGUGAUGCUGGGGCCCGUUCGCCCAUUGGUCAUGAGCCCAAGAAGGGGCCCACAAGGUGGGACGGGAGUUUUCCUGCCGUGGGCCGUUGGGUCGAGAAAGCACACGAAGCAGCUGCCGCCACGCGCGCAGAGGGGUCGUUUUCUGGCACUGCCUUCGCCUGUCGGCUCGGGAAAAAACGAGGCAGGAUCUGAUUCGGGGGUUGGUAGUUCUUGAAAAAAGAGGGGGUCUAUGGAAUGGUUUUGUGAUUAAUCUCUGCAUCAGGGCUUUUUUUCUUUUUGUGUGGUUUGUUGUUUGAGUUAGGUAGGAAUUGGUGGUGGUUAUACCUNUUU